GAGUCCGCUCUCCUUACGGGACACAGCGGCCAUGCUGCUGCCGCCAUGUUGGAUCCACGUGCCCCUGGCUCUUCUACUACUGUCGUUCAGCUUUGGACGUAGAGUCCGGAAUGAAGCAUUCUUGAUCAAGGUUUCGAGCAGGAUCAUCGGCAAUAGCAGCAGCCGACCUACAUAUGCAACUCGCCAACCUAAUGAUCGUCCUCCUCUGCGAUUACCGUGGGGAUACGACCGCCGCCAACAACGCGCUAGGCCGGCACCGCAAGGAGCGGGCGAGUCAGCCUCGGUCGACACGGAUGUACGAGAUCUGAAAGGAAAAGCGCCGCUGGUCGAGAUAAAGCCAGCCAAGGCUGUCUCACGACUCCUUGUGGCAGAGUUCUACGGAUCGACUAUUUGGUAUCCCGCGCAGUGCUUGGUGGAAUUGAACCGGUUGCAGGACAACUUCCACGGGUACGGGGAGGACGCCAGCCGACACCUGAUGCUGCUGGCCACGUCGGUGGAGGACGGUAGUUUGGCGGGCUUUGUGGACAUCGACGGGAGGGAGAAAAGGCCAGGACAAACCGGUGUUCGGCCGUACCUUUCCGACCUCGCGGUAGCGGACCGGUACAGGCGGAUGGGCAUCGGUACCGAGCUGGUGAAAGCUUGCGAGGAUGCCUGUAUCGAGUGGGGCUACGACAACAUGUACCUCAAGGUUAGAGAAGGGAACGUUGCCGCGGAAAAGCUUUACAAGAACCUGGGCUACGUGGUGUACUCUAACAACAGCGGAUUCAUGGUGGAGACGACCAGCGACAAGCCCAACGACGUCAUGCUCUGCGGUGACCUGAGGGCGAGACGGCGGCGGGCGGUAGCUGGUGCACCAGAGGCCGAAUGAGCAAAGGCGGCGUGGCGGUAGAAAAGCCUCGCCUGCGCUAUAUGAAACCCCGAACGAUGCGACCAUGACGUGGUUUAUGACAGGUGAACGUAUGCCAUGUCCAGGAAUGAAUGGACGGGGUUUCUUGUGAUGGGACCGGUUGCGGCGGAAUCGAUUAUGUCCGCGGAUGUUGUCUUUCGCCAUGUACAUAAAGCAUAUUGCGGCGCGUGACAUUGGGGUGCGGUAUUUCGGUUAUUUUAGGCGGGGUUGGAUUCGGGACGCGGCGCUCUCUUGAUUGAUUCGGUCGGUGAACCCCUCACUCUCUUGAUUAACGGAUUGUGUGCGGCAUGGUUGAAAACCACUCAUUACAACGCGGGGGGCGGGGGCGGGGGGAGACGCAGGGUAGGGAGAGGAGUGUAGGCGUGAGGUGCUUGUUUGAAACUGUAUAGUUGCACAUGCGGGUGCGAAAAAUGUGGUACGCACACCUACAAUCGUGGGUGCGUGUGGUGUUUUUUCCUCUUAUGUCGUGGUUGGGGUGAUUCCUCCAGCUGUGAUGAAAAAUAGAACUCCCCCUCCAAGUACAGAUGUUGAGCUAGAAAACCAGCAAAAUGUUGUAGGUUCGUUGUGUUUCUCGGCACGUUAACGUAGAGACGUGCUUUUCCGCGGAGGAGAUGGUGGCAGUUGACUCACCAACCGGCGCGGUGCUUUGAGUGAUGAUAAUACAUGGUAGAUAUCCUCCACCUAUCGCGGGAGCAGUUUCUUGCAAGGGACCUCUGGUAUGUGUCGCCGUGCAUUUGGCGAUUUUUGUCUUUGUCGAGGUAGAGAGCUACAUCAGGUAGCAUUUUAUGGAGGUGUGACCCGGUCAAAACCCGUCGAUUCUUGGCGUUUGGACUAAGCGUGUGUCCUUGUUAUUCUUGGAUGAAUAUGUGG